CAGUCAGAAGUGAAGAAUGUAGGGGGCGCCAAAGAGAAGCUGCUGCCUCUAGUUUAUCAGCCAGGUCAUUUUGAGGAACAAAGGACUUGGUGUUCCGGUUUAAAUCCUCCCACUUGCAGUCUUUAUUUAAAAAAAAAAAAAGAAAAAAAUUUAAAAAAAGGCUACUCACUGACCACAAGAACUCCACGCCCUGCAUCUGCCUGUCCUUCCAUUCCCAGCCCUCAAUGGCUCCACAAGUUCUGGGAACACCUCAUUGCUACCUCCCUCGCCCAACUCAACUCCACCCACCCUACCAUAUCCAAUCCCCUUAAGACGGAGCUCCCCAGAGAGAAGUGCAGUCAAGUGACAAAAAAAAAUCCCUCGAGUGAACUCAGCUCCAGGAAGUGGCCACCGGUGGGCAUUGUGGCCAUUCAUGGACACCCAACUCGACAAAAAGAAGAAUUUUUUUCCCUUUCUUAUUCUGAUCACCUGAGAACCCCCAGAGUCCUGUCUCCAUCAUUACACAGGAAGCUGAGGACUUCCUACUCUAUCAGGAUCUUGAACCUUGCAAACAGAGACUCUGAAAGCUCUAGAAACAAAGACUUCGUGGACAAAAUCCCUUGACGCCAGAACCACUGCCUUUGACAGCAAAGUAAUACAGAAACCAUCUUCCUGGACCCAUGGGAGAAGCCAGCAUGGAAAAUUCAACCACCCCAACGGUCUAUGAUGUGACCACAGAAUAUGACUAUCAGGACUCAACCCCAUGCCAGAAAGGAGAGGUGAGGGCUUUAGGGUCUCAGCUGCUGCCCCCCUUGUACUCCCUGGUAUUUGUCAUUGGCCUGGUUGGCAACAUCCUGGUGGUCCUGGUCCUCAUGCAAUAUAAGAGGCUCAAGAGCAUGACCAGCAUCUACCUCCUCAACCUGGCCGUGUCUGACCUGCUCUUCCUCUUCACGCUGCCCUUCUGGGUUGACUACAAUCUGAAGGAUAACUGGAGGUUCAGCGAAGGCACGUGUAAGUUGCUGUCGGGGCUUUACUACAUAGGCCUGUACAGUGAGAUCUUUUUCAUGAUCCUGCUGACCAUCGACAGGUACCUGGCCAUUGUCCAUGCCGUGUUCGCUCUGCGGGCCCGGACUGUCACCUUUGGUAUCAUCAACAGCCUCAUCACCUGGGUCCUGGCCAUCCUGGCUGCCAUCCCGGGCUUUUACUUUUCUAAGAUCCAGUGGGAGGUCACUCAUUACACCUGCAGCCUUCAUUUCCCUCACCAACACCUAAAACAGUGGCAACAGUUCCAGGCUCUGAAAAUGAACAUCUUGGGGCUGAUUCUGCCCCUGGUGAUCAUGAUCGUCUGCUACACAGGAAUUAUAAAGAUUCUGCUCAGACGUCCCAAUGAGAAGAAGGCCAGAGCCGUCCGCCUGAUUUUUGUCAUCAUGAUCCUCUUCUUUCUCUUUUGGACCCCCUACAACCUGACUGUGUUUAUUUCUGCUUUUCAAAGUGACAUUUUGGUUGAUGAGUGUGAGCAGAGCAAACAGCUGGACCUGGCCAUCCAGGUGACGGAGGUGAUCGCCUACACGCACUGCUGCGUCAACCCCAUCAUCUAUGUCUUUGUGGGCGAGAGGUUCCGCAAGUACCUGCGCCAGCUGUUCCACAGGCUCCUGGUCGUGCGCCUGGCCAAAUGGCUCCCCUUCCUCCGCACCGAGAGGCUGGAGAGGACCAGCUCCAUGUCCCCCUCCACCGCGGAGCAGGAGCUCUCCAAUGGGUUCUGACUAAGACCACUGCAAGAGUGGCCUGGCAGGCCCGCUGGCGGGGAGGAGGCAGCUGGGCUGUCCCCGGCAGACCCGGACCAUCGACACGGCGUGGAAAGACAGGCACUCUCUAGGGUUGAGGUGGUCUUAGACUAAAUCACCUCUGGGGCUUGCGUCUUCUCCAUGAACUUCUCCCUGGAAAUGAAUGAGUGAACGGGAGACCAUUCCAGAAGACCAGACAAAGGGUGCCCGUGAAGGGCUUGGGCCCAAAAAAGGGUUUCAGAUUUGUGAACAUUCACAUUGGUAAACAAAGCCACUGAGCAUCCCCUCUCCUCUAUCCCCACCACCAAGGAACUUGCAAAUAGUGACUUCCCACCCGUGACUUGGCUCAGAGCCUGGAGCCAGUCAGGAGCCAGCAGCUGCCUCCCCUGCAACCCCCCACCCCACUGCAGGGUUUGGGCUCCUGGAAACCCUGAGAAACAUAGAACUCGUGAUGGAAGAACUUGAGUCCUAAUGGGAAAUAGGACUGGGAAACUGCUGUUGGCAGUGGAACUUCCCUUAAGGAGGAUUUUUGUAUCUACAAAUAGCAAGCAGUUCAGGCAGUGGUCUCCACACAGACCAUGUGGGUAAUGUGUGUGCUUGUGGAAACAGCCAUAGAAGGGAGGGGAGUCAUUAUUCCCAUGACCAUUCCUUUCUUCCUGAAUAUUUCUGGAAUCUCCCUUCCCUGUCAGUCAGGUGCUGGGGCAGGAGAUUCUGAUGGCUUUACGGCAGAAAUUACUAACAGGCUAAAGGAGACUGGCUUGCUUUUCUUCCUCUGGAUCUCUGGCUCCCACCUUGCGCCCAUCAUUAGAAAAACGACCAGUGUGUGAGCUGAUGGCGUUGAGGCUGGAAGACAGGAGACUGUCUACAGGCAGCAUGAGGUGGGGACUCUGUCUUGAUGUAGGAGCUUGAGAGGGACCUUAACUCAAACUUCUUUACCCUAAAUGUCUCUAACACUUCACCACUCACCAUGCUCUGUUCCCUUGUUCCUAAGAUUUGUAUUUCCUUAAAAACCAUUUUCCAAUAACAAAAAUUGUUUCUAAAAAUGCUUUCAAACACAAAGGGGAAAAAACUCGGACAUCAAAAUCACCCACAAAUCCCACUGCCUAAAGGCAACCGCUGUACGUUUUUUGUAUACUUUCUUUAGUUUGUUUUUUCUCUGGUGCAUGUUUAUGAUUAAAACAAAGAUGGACUUUGGUACUCACCCUUCUGCUCUUGUUGUUCUUAAGUAGUAGUGUGUUCGAUUGCUCUUCCAGGUCAAUAAAUUAUUUCAAAGCUUU